GGCUCCAAAGGUCAAAUGAAGCUGGAAAAAUGCCUAGAUGCAGCGUUGCAGCCUCUCCAGAUGUUCGGGGAUAAUACUGCAGAGAGAGGUUGAUCCCCUUGGGUUAGGUAACUAGUCAUAAUGAAGAAAAUUAGUCUUAAAACUUUCCGGAAAUCUUUUAACCUGAAUAAAAGUAAAGAAGAAACUGAUUUCAUGGUAGUACAACAAGCAUCCCUAGCCGGUGACUUCGGGAAGGAUGACUCCCUAUUUGGUAGCUGCUACAGUAAAGAUAUGGCCAGCUGUGACCUCAACAGCGAAGAUGAGAAAGGGGGCAAAGCCAGGUCCAAAAGCGAAAGCCUGAUGGGUACGUUGAAAAGGCGGCUUUCUGCAAAGCAGAAGCCCAAGGGCAAGGCCGGCGCGCCGCCCGGCAGCUCGGCCGACGAGGACGCCUUCUCCUCCUCCUCGGCGCCCCUGGUCUUCAAGGACGUGCGCGCGCAGAGGCCCAUGCGCUCCACCUCGCUGCGCAGCCACCACUACAGCCCCACGCCGUGGCCGCUGCGGCCCACGAACUCGGAGGAGACGUGCAUCAAGAUGGAGGUGCGGGUCAAGGCCUUGGUCCACUCCUCCAGCCCCAGCCCCGCGCUGAACGGCGUCCGGAAGGACUUCCACGACCUCCAGGCGGACGCCGCGUGCCAGGAGCAGGCCAACGCCCUCAAGGGCUCGGCCUCUCCCAACGGGGACCUGCACCUGCACCUGGACGAACAUGUGCCUGUCGUUAUCGGACUCAUGCCUCAGGACUACAUUCAGUACACCGUGCCUUUAGACGAGGGGAUGUAUCCUCUGGAAGGGUCGCGCAGCUAUUGUCUGGACACGUCUUCUCCCAUGGAGGUCUCCGCGGUCCCCGCGCCAGGGGGAGGCCGCCCUUUCCCCGAAGACGAGAAUCAGGUAGACCAGGACCUGGUCGUGGCCCCGGAGAUCUUCGCGGAUCAGCCAGUGAACGGCUUAUUGAUCGGCACCACGGGCGUCGUGUUGCAGAGUCCCCAGGCGGGUCGCGACGACGUCCCUCCGCUCUCACCAUUGCUACCUCCAAUGCAGAAUAAUCAAAUCCAAAGGAACUUCGGUGGACUGGCGGGUGCAGAUGUCCACGUGGCUGAGAGUAUGCGCUGUCAUUUGAAUUUUGAUCCUAACUCUGCUCCUGGGGUUGCUAGAGUUUACGACUCAGUGCAAAGUAGUGGUCCCAUGGUGGUGACGAGCCUUACCGAGGAGCUGAAAAAACUUGCGAAACAAGGAUGGUACUGGGGCCCAAUCACACGCUGGGAGGCGGAGGGGAAGCUGGCCAACGUGCCGGACGGGUCUUUUCUCGUGCGGGACAGUUCUGAUGACCGUUACCUUUUAAGCUUGAGCUUUCGCUCCCAUGGUAAAACCCUUCACACUAGAAUCGAGCACUCAAAUGGUAGGUUUAGCUUUUACGAACAGCCAGAUGUGGAAGGACAUACGUCCAUAGUUGACCUAAUCGAGCAUUCAAUCAGGGACUCUGAAAAUGGAGCUUUUUGUUAUUCUAGGUCCCGGCUGCCUGGCUCUGCAACUUACCCGGUCAGACUGACCAACCCAGUGUCGCGGUUCAUGCAGGUGCGGUCUUUGCAGUACCUGUGCCGUUUCGUUAUACGUCAGUACACCAGGAUAGACUUAAUUCAGAAACUGCCUUUGCCAAACAAAAUGAAGGAUUAUUUACAGGAGAAGCACUACUGAAAGAUGGAGAACCCCGCAUCUUGCACUUUGGGAAUAAGAAAAAGAGAUUGAAACACAGUUUACAGACUUUCAUUGCCAUCAGAAUCUUUUGCUGCCAUAACUAUUUCAGUUUUAUGUGUAAAAGAAUCAUUAAUUUGUUUAGGGGCGUGGAAGUGUCCGCAAGGUGUUUUGGGUUUAUUUUGGUUCUUUAAAAAGGGAAGUCUUGAGGUUUUAGAAGUGUGAAUUAUCUUUUCAUCAAUGUGCAGAAUCACAAUGUGAAUUAUGAAAUUCUCCUGAUCCCCACCCCAAUCCUUUGCUGCUAUCCACUGUGAUUUUUAUGCAUUAAAAGCACAUUUCAUGUGUAUCCAACCCUAAGUAAAGUUGAAUGAAAUUUAAAGUGAAAAUUGCUGUCUUUUUAAAUGGCCCAUUUCAAAAGAUAGUGUCGAAUAAACAUACCUGUGUGCUAAGACAGGAAUUACAUAGACGUUGAAAGUGAUUUUUUUAUUUCAUACUUUAAAAAAGGUUUAUUUAGAAUUAUGAAUGGAUGUAAUCUUGGGUGAUAGAGUGCAGAUCGGCUGCAUAGCUUCGACAGUGCUCUUUCCUAAAUUAUCUCAAAGAUUGUGCUCAUUAUUUUGGUUGUGAAAAGUCGAAGUUUUCUUUUGCCUUCAUUUUCAUCUUGUGGUUUGUCUGUUUUAAUAAAUGGCCUUACAUUUAAAAAAUUGUAAAGAAAUGUAUACCACCGGUUUAGAAAUUGUUGCCUUUUCUGUCAUUAAACUCGGGUACAAAUUGGCAUAACAUCCCUAAAAACCUAUGGAACUAGAACUAUUAUUAAAGAAAUAUCAGAUGAUCAUAGUUUCCUGUGAUAGCAUUUUUGUUGUCUGUGCUUCUUUACACUUUCCUUUGGUAAAGAGUUUUAUCUGUGAUUUCUUUAGCUCAGCCAACAUUCCCUUAGGUGAACUUGAUCAUACAUCUAAAUUUCAUAAAUGGACUGGGUUCUCAUGCAACAGUGAAGCUUAUCUCAAGUUGUAAAUCGAUUUGAUUAGAAAGGAAACAUUGUUUUAAAGUUAGGUUUAUAUUUUUAUGUAGUGUACUAUUCAACGUGCUGGAUUUGACCACUCCUUCCCCCCACUUAAAAUAAUCUUGACUUUCAGUUAAAACACUGUGGAGAUUGUGGAGCAGUUCUCAUGACGUGAGAAAAAAUAUUAAAACCAUAUCAGAUACUGCCUACCCAUAAAUACUGCCACUUACAAAUAGAUUUUUUAAUUUUUUUUUAAAUUUAACUAGUCUUUAAGUAAUUUGGUAUCACUAUUUUAUCUCUUUGAGUCAGUUUGGGGGGGAGGAUGUUAUGCCCAAUAAUUUUUAGUUAUUUUGAAAUGUGUAGUGUUUAUUCAUUUUACUGUUCUGUAGUGUUGUAGUAUUUGGGGAUUACCUUGUCCAGAAGAUGUUUCCAGCUAUACAGCUUUAAAGGAAAGUGUUUCCAAGGUGGACCAUGUAAUUUGAGAUGUUUCUUCCUGUGUCAUUUAAAGUUUUCUUGUCUCUUCUACUUUAAACACUAGGGCAGAGGUCUUUGGUCAGAUUUACUGGCUUUGUCAUUCACACAUACCUGCCUCUCACUUUUUUCUCUAUUUGUUUUAUAGGGUCAGAACUGAGAUAUUACCAAGAAAAGGCACAGUGCCAUGAUAUCAUGGUGUUACGAUAUUUUGACUUAAAGGGGAAAAGGUACUUAAUUUUGAUAAAAUGUUGAUUGUACCUUGUUACAAAGACUCCUCUUUGAUUUUCUGAUUUGUUUUCACCUACUAAGAUGGCAUAGGGAAUAUACUGUAAUAAUAUAAUUAUUCACUAUAAGCUAUUUGGGUUAAGAACUAUUACAGAGUUGUAAGCUUGUUAUCAAAUUAAUGCAAGACAUUUAAACUAUUUUUUUGCAAAACUAUUUAUUUUUAAACAACUUAAAAUAUAUCUGGGGUGAGUUAAAAGUCCCUGUGCAUCUAUAUUAGAUGGCAGGUAUUGUCACAGAGUCACUGUGUAUUAAUGAUAAAUGUUGAAAUGGGUUCUCCGUGUCUCCAGGAGCACUUACACGUCCUCUUUUUGAGAUCAGAGUGCACAGAGGUCUUUGGACUGCCCUGAACCUGUCUUAUGUGGACACAACCUGUUCCCCGCAUUUUCUCUUGAUGCCAUGUGUUUAAGACCUACCCUUUUGGUGUCAAGGUUAUUUUAAUUUUCAUCUAAAUGUCCUAAAAAUGUUCAUAAAAUGUUCUAUUUUAUGGUUUAAGGAGGGCAAGUCUUGAUACUGUUCUAAUUCAGAAAGCCAAUUUUUGAUGUGCUUUUAUAUUAUUCAUAAUAUAUAAUACUUUUAAGUAAUAUGCCCUAUUCUUAUCCAACUUAAAAUUGUUAGAUUUUGAUAGUGUUAACAAUAAAAAUCAAAACAUUUGCCAAAAAUCUGAAUUACAAGCAGAAAAGCAUAUUGCUAGUAAAUUUAUAAGCCGAAAGGCGUAUUGCAAAAUUCUCUUCUUUUGUGUAGAAAGAAAUCCAUUUGGCAGAGUAGCACAGCAUAAUGUGAAAGAUUAGCCUUAUACGCCACUGAAACAGGCUGGUUUGAAGGGGAGAGGGGGCAAAAAGAGAGAGAACUUCACCCUGUAGUUUGGUCUAGAUACAAUUUGGGUAAAUAUUUGGAUCCUAGUGACAGGUAGCAAGUGAUAAAGACAACCUGUGAAUCAUUUUUAAAUAUGUGCUUCUAAAAAUUUGCUGAAGGCAAGAAAAAGAAAACAGGAAAGCUGCAUCCAUUUGCCGUAAUAAGUGAAUCAGAAUUUUUUAAAAUCAAAUAUUUCAUCAUAAAACAUGAUUGAGGACAGAGACUAUUUUUAGGCUUACUAGGACACUAUUAUGGGUUUUUAUAAAUAAUGAGAAACUAUAGAAAGUACUUGAAAAAUAUCUCACUCUCUUUCUGUCUAAGGAAAACUGUUCUCUUUCUUCUUGGUGCAAUAAUCUGAAAACUCAGAAGGUCAAAAUAUAUCACAGGAAAUGAUCAAAGAGCUAAAAAUAGUUUUUAAGGAAACCGGCUACACAGGGCAACCAUCUUGCUGUUGAGAAAAGUCAUGUGCCAAAAGACUAAAUUGUUGGCAUCUAUGAAAUAAACCUAAAGUAUAUGUUGUGAUUCCUGAGCCAGUAUUAUUUAAACAGGAUACAAGUUACUAAAAUCUGACAGAAGUUUAUGCAGCAUCUCUGCCAGUACUAAAGUGUGAAUACCUUUAUAAACAACGCUUUCAGAAAUGCCUGUUUUAAUUUCUCUACAUUUCACAUCGUAUAUGAGAGCUAUUGUUUUAUGAACAAUUCAAAAUAAUAUAUUCCAUUUAAAUCUAAUUGCUUUUCAUCAAAUGUGAAGUCUUAUUUUGAAAAUGAAAUCACACUACCAGCAAUAGACAGCUUCGUUGAAUACUCUAAUAAGGAACAAUAACCAGUUCCAUAAAUUACUUUAAAAUUCUAAAAGUAUUGGUACGCUAGUAAUCACAAAUUGGGUUUGUUGUAAUACUUUUUUAAAGAAUGUUUUUUAUAAACCCUUUUUAUUAAUCAUUAUACAUGGCAAAAUGUGUAGUUGCUAUUUCUGAAAAGUGAUCCAAACUGUACAUCCAGAAAUAAUGAAAAAUUCUUAUAGAAUUUUGUAGUAAGUAUACAUGUUGAUUUAAAGAAAUUUCAUAGUUGUUGGAGUGCCAUGAAAUUAAUACUUGCAAUUCAGAUUGCUGUAGUUUACACUUUUUCUGUAUGUUUCAAAUCAGGUGUGUAUCAUUUGUACUGAGAAUACCACAGAAUGAAUUAUCCAAAGUCCAUUGAUUUUAAUACGUGUUUUGGUUUGUAAACAAAUUAUAGUAAUUUCUUGCACAUUUUUGGAAAUUGUUUAAGAAUUUAUGUAUCUGCUUCUAGAUACAGUGUGUAAAUAAAAAUUUCGUUCACAAGA